CCCCCCUCCCCUCGUCCAAAACAUCAUGGCUCCCGGCAGGAGCCGCGAGCCGACGGCCGCCGGAUGCUAAUAACGGCCCCGGAGAGACCCGCGACCCGCCGUUCGCCUUCCAGACUUGACGUUGGCCCCGCCCCCUUUUCCCCCGUGACUCCGCCCCCCUCCUCCUCCUCCUCCUCCUCCUCCCCCUCCUCCUCCUCCCAGCAUGCCUGGGGGGACCCACCCGGAGAACCCGCGGCGCGCGCGGCUCGCCCGGCUGGCGCGGCUAGCGGCGGACGCUAGCGGCGGCGGCGGCGACGGCGGCGGCGGCGACGGGAGGCUAGCUGGCGACGCGGCGGCGCUAGCCGAGCAGCAGCUGGGGCUGCGGCAGGCGGAGGAGCGGCUCGGACGCGACCACAUCCAGCGGCUGACCGAGCGCUGCGCGGAGUUCCCGUCCUACCUGUACGUGUGCACGCUCUGCUCCGUGCACGUGGAGAACGUCCAGCUGGCCCACAAGCACAUCAAGGAGAAGCGGCACAAGAAGAACCUGGCGGAAAAGCAGGAGGAGGCGGAGCUCCGCUCCCUGGCCCCGCCCACCGGCCCCCAGCUGUCCGCCCUGGACGCCGUCGUCGCGGCGACGGCCCGCCACCACGGCGUCUCCCGGGACGACGUCGCCGCCCGGCGGGCCGCCGCCCACCGCCUGGACGACGUCAUCAGCGCGCGGCUGCCAGGCUGCCGCCUGCGGCUCUACGGCUCGUCCGCGACGGGAUUGGCUCUCAAGAGCAGCGACGUCAACGUGGACGUGGGCGGGGCCCCGAGCAUGAGCCAGCCUGAAGUCCUGAUCCAGGUCCUGGAGAUCCUGCAGAGCUCCCCCGAGUUCUGCGACGCGGCGUCCGACUUCCACGCCAAGGUCCCCGCCGUGCGCUGCCGCCACGCUAGCAGCGGCCUGUUGUUUACAGUCAGCAGUGGGAACUCUCUGGCGUGUCUCAGCAGCGACCACCUGGCGGCCCUCUCGGCCCGGGAGCCGCGGCUUGCCCCCCUGGUGCUGGCCUUCCGCCACUGGGCCCGGCUGGUGCACCUGGACGUCCCCGGCGAGGGCGGCCUGCCGUCCUACUGCCUGGCCCUCAUGGUGCUGCACUUCCUCCAGCAGAGGGAGCCGCCGCUGCUUCCUGUUUACCUCGACGACAAGGUCCCGGGGUUCCACCCGAAGCGGGCCGACGAGUUCCACCUGACGGGGAUCUGCUCCGAGGCCGCGGUGCGCUGGCAGCGUCGGACCGACAACCCCAGGCAGGAGCAGGAGGGCUCCGAGGGCCUGGCCCCCCUGUGCUGGCCCCGCCCCGUCCCGGCGCCGCUGGGCCUGCUGUGGCUGGAGCUGCUUGCGGUUCUACGCCCUGGAGCUCCCCUGGAGGACUCGGUGAUCAGCGUGCGGCUCAAGGAGCCGCUGCCCCGCGAGGCCAAGAACUGGCCCCGCCGCAGGCUGGCCGUGGAGGACCCCUUCUCCCUGAAGCGGAACGUGGCCCGGAGCCUCAACAGCCAGAUGGUCUUCGAGUACCUGCAGGACCGCCUGAGGGCCGCCUACCGCUACUUUGGCCACCCAUCCCCGCCCCCGCCCGGGGCCCCGCCCCCGCCCAACCAGGAAGUGGAGAGCCGCGAGUCGUCGGAGAACCAGGAAGUGAGAAAACCUGGCUCGACCGAGAACCAGGAAGUGACACUGACAGAGAGCCAGGAAGUGGAAAAACCUGGCUCAACCGAGAACCAGGAAGUGACGCUGACUGAGAACCAGGAAGUGAGGAAAUCUGGUUCAUCAGAGAACCAGGAAGUGACAUUGACAGAGAACCAGGAAGUGAGGAAACCUGGUUCAUCAGAGAACCAGGAAGUGACAUUGACAGAGAACCAGGAAGUGAGGAAAUCUGGUUCAGAGAACCAGGAAGUGAGGAAAUCUGGUUCAUUAGAGAACCAGGAAGUGACUCUUACAGAGAAGCAGGAAGUGAGGAAAUCUGGUUCGUCAAAGAACCAGGAAGUGAGAAAAGCUGGUUUAUCAACAAACCAGGAAGUGACACUGACCGACAACCAGGAAAUGAAAAGUGCUGAGUCAUUAGAGAAUCAUGAAGUGACACUGACAGAGAACCAGGAAGUGAUAAAUGCUGAAUCAUUGCAGAAACAGGAAGUGAGAAAAUCUGGUUCAUUGGAGAACCAGGAAGUGACUCUUACAGAGAACCAGGAAGUGAGUCAGGAAGCAUCAUCAAAGAACCAGGAGAACCCUGAUUGGUUAACAAACCAGGAAGUGAUCCAGGAGGUGUCAUGUGACAAACAGGAAGUGUUAUCUGAGAACCAGGAAGUAAAACUUUUCAAGUCGGAGAACGAGGAAACGAGACUUCCUGAGUCACGGGAGAACCAGGAAGUGUCAUCCGAGAACCAGGAAGUGAACCAGGAAGUGCAAUACGUCUUCGACAAGCUGAUCCUCACCGGCGGGAAGCCCCCCACCGUGGUGUGCAGCGUGUGCAAGCGCGACGGCCACGUGCGCGCCGACUGCCCCGAUGACUUCAAGAGGGCGGAGCUUCCGCCGCUGCCCGAGCCCAGCGAGGCGUUCCUCAGGGUGCUGGACGGGGUCUGCACCGCCUGCUACUUGGAGCUCUGCCUCUCGCCCCUUGAGCAGCAGCGCCGGGAGCAGAUUCUCUCGGGACUGGAGCGCUUCAUCAGGAAGGAGUUUGACGAUAAGGCCCGCCUCUGCCUGUUCGGCUCGUCCAAGAACGGUUUCGGGUUUCGCGACAGCGACCUGGACAUCUGCAUGACGCUGGAGGGCCACCGCACCGCCGAGAAGCUGAACUGUAAGGAGAUCAUCGAGGCGCUAGCUAAAGUGCUAAAGAAACACGCAGGCCUGAGGAACAUCCUGCCCAUCACCACAGCCAAAGUCCCCAUCGUCAAGUUCGAGCACCGGCAGAGCGGCCUGGAGGGCGACAUCAGCCUCUACAACACGCUGGCUCAGCACAACACGCGGAUGCUAGCCACCUACGCGGCGUUGGACCCGCGCGUGCAGCUGCUGGGCUACACCAUGAAGGUGUUCGCGAAGCGCUGCGACAUCGGCGACGCCUCCCGCGGCUCUCUCUCCUCGUACGCCCACAUCCUGCUGGUGCUGUACUUCCUGCAGCAGCGCCGGCCGCCCGUCAUCCCCGUGCUGCAGGAGAUCUACGACGGCGAGGCGGCACCGCGGCGACCGGUGGACGGCUGGAACGCCUUCUUCUACGACGACCUGCAGCGGCUGCGCCGCCCCCCGCUGCGGGGCUCGAACCGGGAGUCGGUCGGGGCGCUGUGGCUCGGCCUGCUGCGCUUCUACACCGAGGAGUUCGACUUCAAGGAGGAGGUGGUGUCGGUACGAAGCCGGAGGAAGAUCAGCAGCUUCCAGAAGGAGUGGACCAAUAAGAGCAUCAAUAUCGAGGAUCCCUUCGACCUGAACCACAACCUCGGAGCCGGAGUGUCCCGGAAGAUGACCAACUUCAUCAUGAAGGCUCUGAUCAACGGCCGGCGGCUGUUCGGAACGCCGCACUUCCCCCCCCCGGGAACGGAGAUGGACUACUUCUUCGACUCGCGGACACUAACGGACGGCGAGCUAGCGCCCAACGACCGCUGCUGCCGUGUCUGCGGAAAGAUCGGCCACUACAUGAAGGACUGCCCGCGGCGGCGCCGGAUGAAGAAGAAGGACCCGGAGCGGGACGAGGACCUGAAGGAGGACUGCGGCGAGCGCCGCUGCUUCCAGUGCGGCGACUCGGGCCACGUGCGGCGCGACUGCCCGGCCAAGCCCCGCCCCCCCCGCCGCUAACGCUAACGCCAACGCCAGCGCGGACGCAGAGCGAGCAGGAAGGGGGCGGAGCCACCAGGAGAAGCCGGAGGCCCCGCCCCCCCCGGCCCCGGUCCCGGUCCCGGCCCCGCCCCCUCCGCUGUCCCUGCUGGGCUUCCCG